AUGAGUAUCUGGAAUCCACCCAGACUCCUGGACCUGGUGGGAAUGAGCCUGCUGAGGGAUGAGGCCUUGGCCUUUGCUGCUCUGGAGGAUCUACCCACAGAGUUCUUCCCAUCACUGUUCAUGGAGGCCUUCCAUGGGAGACACAGUGAGACCCUGAAGGCCAUGGUGCAAACCUGGCCCUUUGUACGCCUGCCUCUGGGAGGCCUGAUGGAGAUGCCUCAUGUGGGGACCUUACAAGCAGUGUUGGAUGGGCUUGAUGUCCUGCUUGCCCAGAAGGAUUGCCCCAGGAGGUGCAAACUGCGGGUGCUGGAUUUAAGGAAUACUGGCCAGGACUUCUGGAGCAUGUGGUCUGGAUCCAACGUCCGUGUGUCCUCAAGCUCAUCAAUGGCACCAGUGGCUGAGGACAGGUCAAGGACAGAGCAGCCCUUGGCUCCCUUGGAGGUGUUUAUAGAACUUUGCCUCAGUGAAGGGACCAUGGAUGAAUUCUUUAUCUACCUCAUGCAGUGGGUGGAGAAGAGAAAAGUUUCCAUACACCUGUGCUGUAAGAAGCUGAAAAUUGUUACAAUGUCCAUGGAAAAUAUUAUGAAGGUCCUGAAUAUGGUGCAACUGGACUGUAUCCAGGAGGUGCAAGUGAAUUGCACCUGGCAUCUGUCCACCCUGGCCGUGUUUGCUCCUCUCCUGGGCCAGAUGAGUAACGUGCAGAGACUCCUUUUCUCCCAUGUCUACUUGUCUGCCUUUGAGGAGCAGCAGCAGCAGCAUGUUUUCCAAUUUACCUCUCAGUUCCUCAGGCUGUACCACCUCCGGGAUCUCCGUAUGGAAUCUCCCUCCUUCCUUGAAGACUGUCUGGACCAAAUGCUCAGCUGCCUGAAGACCCCCUUGGACAACCUCUCAAUAACCAACUGCCUGUUUACAGAUUCAGACUUGCUCCAUCUGUCCCAGUGCCCGAGCAUCAGUCAGCUAAAAGGCCUGGAUCUGAGUGGCGUCACUCUGACCAACUUUAGCCAACUUUAG